UUUAUUUUGAAAUGCGACUCCGGCCGCCAUCAUCAAAACGUAACUGUGCGUCGCUGUCAGUGAGUGUUGGAUCAGAUGAACCCUCCAGCUUUAGGGCAGGCAUCUGCCCUGUUCCCCAAUCUGGAGCCUCCAGGAGGAGUUGGGAAAGCCACGGUCCUUUUGGGUGGCUCUACGGGACUUACCAGCUCUGAUAUGGAGCUCCAGAAAAUGCUCAUUGAUGAGCGCAUGCGAUGUGAGAACCACAAGACCAACUAUCAGACACUAAAAGUGGAGCACACCAGACUGCAGGAUGAAUACACGCGUGCACAGAAUGAACUUAAACGCCUGCUCAGUGAUCGCCAAGUCACUCAAGAGAAGCAGCAGCUUUUGCUGGCUGAGCUGAGAGGAGACCUGCUGGAUAAAACACGAGAGCUAGAGGAGCUCAAAUUACAGGUGCUGACCCCUCAGCGGCUGGAGCUCUUAAGAGCACAGGUGCAGCAGGAGUUGGAGGCUCCCAUCAGAGAACGCUUCAACAAACUCCAGGAGGAGGCAGAGCAUUACAGGUCAGAGUAUAAUAAGCUCCGUUAUGACCUCACAUUCCUCAAGUCUGAGUUUGAUCACCAGAAAGAAGAACACGCUCGAGUACUGGAGGAGAGACGGAUACGGCACGAAGCUGAUGUGGCGCGACUGGAGCAUGAUAAGGAAGAUCUGGCCACUCAACUGCAGAGUGGAGACCCGGCACGGGACGGGAAGCGGGUUGAAGCCCUGCUGAGGGAGAAAGCUCAGCUCCACCAGCGGCUCAAAGGCCUGGAGGCAGAGGUCACUGAACUCAGAGCAGAGAGAAAUAACUCUGGUGCUCAAGCUGAAAAUGUACAACGAAUACAGAUCCGACAGCUGGCCGAAUCACAGGCUGCAGUAAAAGCCCUGGAGGCUGAGAAACAAUCUAUUCGUAUGCAGUUGGACAGGACGGAAAGUGAACUUCGUUUAUCUCAGGAACAAAACACCCUCCUCACAGGCAAACUGCACAAAGCUGAGAGGGAGAUCAACUCGCUCAACAGUCAGGUUGAAGAGAUGAAGCACACACACAAGCUGGAGUUAAGUAAUGUAAAGCUAGAGUGUGUCCGAUCUAAAGGAGAAAUGGAACGAGAACGAGAUACGCUUCAGUGCCAAGUAGAGGGUCUGCAGUCAGAUAUUGAGGUCAUGAAAUCAGCGCUGGAGAGAAAUAAAGAACUGAUAUCUGAAAAAGAGCGUGAAAUGGUACGCAGGGUUCAGGCAGCAAGAGAGGAGGAAAUACACAAGAUGGCCGCCCUUCAGGAAGAGAAGCUGGAGUUAGAGAAUCGUUUGUCCGAGCUUGAGCAGCAGAAAGCUCUUCAAGAAGCGACAGGAAACUCGCAGAAGGAAGAGUGGGAGGAGCGUCUCCGUGCCGCACAACUGGCGGAGGAGUCUGUUCGUAAAGAACUGCAAAACCUGAGGGCAAAAGUUCAGCAGCAGGGCCAACAGUUGGAGGAGCUGGAGACUUUGAAAGCAGAAAAUGCUGACCUGAGACGACAAAUAGCUGAGCUGAACUUACAGAUAGGAACCCUCUCUCACUCUGAAAGCGAGUUGCUGGACAACAACAACAGACUGAGGGAAAGUCUGGAGCGUUUGAGAGAAGACCUGCGCAGUGCUCGAACACAAAUGGAACGGACCCAACAGGAAGCCGAGAGGUUGGUGGAGGAUAGGCGAGUUGAAUGGUUAGAGGAGAAACACAAGCUGCAAGACAGAGAAGCAGAACUUCGGGAGAAAUACAGCCAGGCCAAAGAGCGCCUACAGAGGGCAGCAUUUGCUCAGAAAAAGAGGAAAACAAUGACUGAACUGAAAGAAAACAAACUCCAAGACAAGAUUCAGCUCCUGGAAGCCAAGAUAGCAGAACUUGAAAUUGAAGCAAGUGCAGAAAAGAAGAAAUCCUCAUAUUCUGAAGAGCAUGCUCAGCUCAGCAAGCGUUUAAGGGAGCUGCAGAGGAGGCACAAUGAGUUUCGCCGACUGUUGCUGGGCAACCAGAUGACCUCCUCCACCCCCCUGGCCCAAUCCCUCCUCAUCCCGAACGAAUCCAUCUUUUCAAACAUACAGGAGGAGCAGCACCAGAGGGAGUUGUGUGUGUUGCGGAGACGCUUAGAAGAGCUAGAAAACAGUCAGCAACAGCAGCUGGAAGAGCUUGCUGCUCCUCUGGACCGAGAUAGAGAGAGACUGUCAAGCCCACGGGACGCCCUUCCAGACAUUUCUUAACCGAUACCUGUGUAAUUAUGUUUACCCUGUGCCAAAAAAAAAAUUCGGACAUACUGUGACAUUUACUGUGACAUUUUGCUUUAAAUGACUCCUGGUGCUCUGCAACAGUAAAGGUCAGAGAUGUUUUAAUAAAAACCUGUUGCAUUAUUUAUAAUUUAUUUGUCUGAUGGUAUUUUUUCUAACUGGUUGAGAGGGUGGGUUCUUAAAGUUUACAUAAAGUGUUGGUUUGUGUUGCAGUUUUUGUUGUACAUAUUGAGAAUGAUUUGUAACAAGAAGCCAUGUUAGAUAUUUUGCUUUUUUGUUUCUUAGAAGACCUUUCAAGUCCAAAUAUACAUUUUAUAAAAAAAAGGAAACAAAACAAAUAAAAUGAUUUGUGCGAACCUGAAUUUCACAACGGAGUGACUGUGGUUUUAAUGGAUAUUUGUGGUAAAUUAAUUCUGACAAGCAUGUCUCUAAAAGCACUCAGCCAUGAAACAUGGUUUUAAUAAAGAUUUUUUUAAUAA